AUGGCCAACCGCAGGUGGCAGGGAGACGUGUCUGGCCUCAGCUUCAGGGAGCUGGCAUUGGUGGACAAAAAGGCGAGGGGUCAAUCGGGGCCCGGGUCACAGCACGGAGGGGCGCCCAGAAGGCGCUCUCCGCCGUGCCCCCCCCCCCCCCCCGCUUUCGGUGUCCCUGCGCCGCCGAGCGCCGCCCACCCGCCGGAGUCGCCAGGCAGCCCCGGGGUCGGUGAUCGGGCUUCGGGACCCAAUGGUCCCAGCAACUCCCGCCCGGUACCUACGCGCGCUGCGGAGCGGUCCCAGGGUCACGCGCCACCUGAGCCUACCUCCCCCCGCCUUAAGUUCGUGCAGGGCUGGCGCUCGCCGAUGACGUAG